CCGCUUUUGUUUGGCGUGGCUCCGAGCCAAAGACUGGCGGGAGGCCGUGUACCCGGACGCGCCAUCCUCCUGACGGCGUGCUCCGGCCUACCGCGGGUCAGUCGCUCCGGGCGCGAGGACCUGGCAGCAUGUGGCGCCUGCUCCUCGUGUGCUGCACCGGUGUCUGCCUGCUGAGCGGAGGCAAGGCGGCGGCCCCUCGGCCAGGCCCAGCAGGAUGCGUGCUCACCGAGUCGCCGUUCCCCAAGCACGCCAUGUCGGUGGGAGAAACCUUUAACACUGGCCCUGAACCCUGCGCCUCCUACACCUGCGUCGAACCGAACCAGUGGUCUUCCGUCUCCUGCCCGCCGGUGGAGGGCGCUCCCGACGGCUGCGAGGUCGUCCAGGGGAAUCAGUCGGCGGUGUACCCGGGCUGCUGCGUCCACGUCAGCUGCGGCGACAACGUCCUCGGCGUCGACCAGCCCUUUGGAAAAACUCUGCAGGAGUGAAAUUCCUUGCCGAAAAAAGGUCGUUUCUCUCUUUCUCUCGUUUCUUUGUGAAGUGCCCAUUAUUACCAUGCUUCUUAAUAAACUGUCCAGAUUACGUCA